UUGAUCUGGCAGGAUCAGAGAGACAGAAAGCUACCAACACUGAAAGCACUCGGCUCAAAAUCUCCAAAAAUAGAGGAUUUGAAUCUUUCUUUCAAAGAUUAUCAAAAAAUCUUUUUACAGGAGGAUUCAUUUAAGAAUCAUGAAUCUCAGCUGACAGCCAAAGAAGAAGAACUGCAAAGAGUGAACAUGACUCUUCAGAAAUUUGAAAAAGACAACAAAGUUUUACAAGUUAUGUUGAAGCACACAGAAGUUUGUGAGCAGAAAGCUCCUGAAGUGCCAAAUUUUCAAGUUAAGAAAAUUGAAUUAGCCUAUAGCCGCAAGAUGGAAGAGUUCAAGAGGUCAAUCUUUGGCAAAGAUAAAAAAGUAGCAGAGUUAUUAUUUGAAGUAGCAAAAUUAAAAGAGGAACUUCACCUUGCCAGGGAAACACAUGCAUCUGUUUUAAAAGACAGGAAUUGCAAUAAAAUGGGUGCUGAAUUUCAGAGUGCUGUGCCUAUGCAAGGAGGUGCUAUUGGUGAGCCUGGAGAGAGAAAGUCAUCUUCAGAAAAAAAUGGCUCUGUUAGAGGAAGAGCUCUAAUAAAAGAAACAAAAAUGCCAGAAAUAAAUGAACAAUCUUGGAGAAGUAAAAAAAAGUGAAUGAACUAAUAACAUCCUUUUAAAGAAUCACUAUUUUUGUAAAUGUUUUUUUUUUUAUAUCAAUCAAUGGUUAUAAUUCAAAUGAAAGCCACUUCAUUCUUCUUAAAAAAUCCAGUACAAGAGAUACAGUACUUGUAAGCAUGUCAAUGAUUGGUUGAAUCCUACUAGUAUUUGAAUAAACAUAUAUUUUAGUUUGAUGCCCAAGAUUGGCAUUGACUCUAGACAAAUAAUUGUGUUUAUACACAGUUUGACUGUAAACGAAAUAUGUCGAGAUAUUUUUGUUAAGAUUUUUCUUUAGUUCAAGCUACUACACUCUUUUAGUCAAUAAGUUCUACAAUGGAAUUUAAAAAGAUGUUUAUGGAAAUUGUCUUUUAUUUCACUAGCCAUUUGUUUCUCAUAAAAAUUGUGGAAUUGAAAAUGUCUGUUACAUGUGCUUCUAUAUCUAAUAUUUAUGAAUAUGUAUAUAUAUAGAAUAUCCUCUGCUUAAAAGUAUGCUUUAUUGGAAUAUGUUUGAUGUCAAUACUUGUAAUAAAAUGAACAAGAGGUGUUUCACUCUAGUAGUUUAAAUUUUCAUAAGUUAUGAACUAGAGGCCUUAAAUCAAAUUUACUACUUUUGGAUAAAUUUGUCAUCUCUGUAACUGUAAUGUAACUAGGCCUCAAUGUUUCCUAAAUUGAGCAAAGAGAAAGAGCAUCCACAUUUAUCUUUUUUCUAGAAAGAACAAAAAUAAAGCUCAAAUAUUUCUCCUAUUUUGACACAAAUUAAGAAAAAUAAUAUGACCAUUUUUGUAGGAGCUCGCUGGGUUGAAUUUAUAGGUAGGC